GUGAAAAAGAGGAAAAGCAAGAAAGAAGUUGGUUGUAUGAGAGAGAGAGAGGAAGAGUGAAAAAGAAAGAGAGAGUUGUAUGAGAGAGAGAGAGUAGGAGAGUCUAUUCAUCAAGACAGAUGUUUUUGUCCUAUCUCAUGAUAAGAUAGCCCACUGUCUUAGUGACCUGUAUUUAGAACAGGACCAAACACAAGCCCAGCUCACACAUCACAUAAGAAGCGCUUCCUAUUGAGCCAUGAAGACAUUCAUGUUCCUCGUUGCCACGGCAUGGGGUCCACUCAUCUCCGGUGUCAGUUUCCCAGAACUCCACACAAUCGGCACCAACUACCAGAUAGGCCUGGACAUGGGCAGGACAUUCAGAGGCAUGAUUCAGGAGUUCUAUAAUCAGAGUUCAUCCCUAGCGAAGGUGACACAGUUCUUACAAACAGAUGCAGGAAAAUCAUAUUACAGUGGCUACUUGGAGGCUGUGACGAGAGUGUUCCCCGAGUACGUCAAGGAGCUGAGUGGGCUUGCAGAUGGAGCAGGGGUCAGCUUCAUGCAGGCUUUUUCCAUGAUGAUCAGCAGUGAGAUCAAAGCAGUGAUGAAGCUGAAGGGAGCAGAGUCCUGUAGCGACGUGUACCUGGCGGACCAACAGAUGGCCAUCGGUCACAAUGAGGAUGCCGAUCCCCUGCUGAAGGAAAGGUCCUUCCUCGUCCAUGCAGCUGUUGUUGAUGGAGCCGGUGACGUUGUGGAGAACUUCACAGCCUACACCUACGCAGGAGCACUGUCUGGAAAUGCAUUCAGCUUCAACGGAGAUGGCAAAGUGUUCACUGUCAACGCCCUUUAUCCUAACAUAGUGGAAGCAAACAAAAUACCUCGAUACUUCAUGAACAGAGCUCUGUUGGGUGUGAAGUCACAAGGAGACCUGGAACACCUACUGCAUGGACUCGGUGUCGGGGUGGCGUAUGGCUUCAAUGUGAACUAUGCAGACAUCAGAAACAGCUCCGGUAUUCUCACAAACUAUGAGGUCUCACCGAUGAAGGGAGUUUCUCAGAAUCUUGUAACCAAGGCAACAGUUGCCAGGCAGUCAGGCCAGGGAGUGGAUACAACAGGACACUAUUAUCACUUCAACAUGUAUGAACACACGAACAUCACGCAGAUAGCGAAGGAUAUUGUCAGCUCAGAGCACAGGAAGGCACGAGCCAAUCAGCUGCCACCACCAGCUGAUGUUGUGGGUGUGACAGUGAUUCUGGGAGAUCAAGGUGACAGUCAGUAUCCCAUCUACCGCACUCCCCGGCCCUCAGACGAAGAAGCCACCAUUGCCACAGGUAUUUUUGUCCUUGACUCCUGCGUCCUCCUUGUGUUCAAGAGCAACCCCCGGACCACGGCCCGCCCCAUCACAACUAUCAACCUACCACAUGGAGCUAUGUGUGGGCAGUCAUGAGGCUGCUAAUGCCCUUGUUGUAUGCGGGAUUUGGGGUCUAUUUAGAGGGUAUUCGGGACUCAGCAUUUUGUAGGCAGGACGCAAAUAAAAUCAUAUUUGGUGUGAUUCAACAUUUAGAACAUGUAUCAUGUUUAAUGGUGUACGUGAAGAUUUUCUUUAUAUUUUUUCGCUAUUCUUUUAGUAAUUUAACUUUAAAUUGCACCCUUUUCUCAAUGCUUUUGGGAUUUGUGGUAAGAAGUAUUUAGAAUUCAGGGGUGAGCAAGGAGACUUAGAGUGAAAAAUUACAUGGUAUUUGGGAUUUAGGAGAAGGAUGGCAUGAUUGGAACCCUCAAAGCAAGGUGUUCAUUCAGCUCCUCAAAAAGUAUAGUAUGGUAUAAUUACAUUGCCAAAUUUGAUUCCGCUCCAUCCCUAAAUUAAGAUUGAAUUAUAAUAUGACUGAUUGCAAAGAGACACCAGGACAACUCACCAGCUGAUAUUAUCAAAUACAAUUCAAUGCCGUAAAGGGAAAAACAUGAAUAAAACUUUACUCACUC